CCUCUACUCCUGAGGAGAAGAAAGAAAACUAAAAACGUAGCCACACAACCUCCAGGCUAGUCAAGUAAAGACUCUUUAAGAGUCAUCAUGCGGUCAGUGGUUCUCCUCGUUAUGAUUGGACUUGUGGAGCUGGGUGUCAGCCAGCAUUACAGUCAGCUCCAGUGGCUUUCACAGCUGAGAGGACGACGCCGGCAUGUCGGCUGGCAGGCCGAGGACAUGGACUGCCCCCUGGAGUGUGACUGCCCGUCUGCCUACCCCACAGCUAUGUACUGUCACGGCCGCAACCUGCAGCAUGUUCCCUACGUCCCUUCACAUAUCAAAUACGCCUACCUGCAGCGUAACCAGAUCACAAGCAUCCAGGAUGGAGUGUUUGACAAUGCUACAAACUUGCUGUGGGUUGUACUGUUUCACAACCAGCUCAACUCAGACAAGAUUGGCAAGAAUGUUUUCAGCAAGCUCAAGAACCUGGACCAGCUGUACUUGGAUCACAAUGAGCUCACACGAGUGCCUCCAAACUUGCCCAAUUCAAUCACAACAUUGCGACUUGGUCACAACAAGAUCUCAAAAAUAAACUCUAACUCGUUUGAGGGGAUGGCUAAUAUCACCACACUGCAGCUCCAAGCAAAUGCCAUAGAGGAUGUUGGAGGUGUGUUCAAGGGACUGAAGUCUCUGACCUUGUUGGAUAUACGAAAGAACAAGCUGAGGAAAAUCCCUGAAAACCUUCCCGAGACGCUGCAGCAGCUCUACUUGGAGUUCAACAACAUAGACAGCGUGCCAGCAGGAUUUCUCUCCAUGUAUCCCAAACUGCAUUUUGUCCGGUUGGCUCAUAACAGGCUGACAGAUAAAGGUCUUCCCUACAAUGUCUUUAACAUCAGCACGCUGGUUGAGCUUGAUCUGUCUUUUAAUAAACUGGAGAAAAUCCCUCUUGUUAGUAGGAACCUGGAGAACCUUUAUUUACAUGCCAAUAAGAUCAAAGAGUUCUCGCUGAGCAGUUUUUGCAGCACCAUUGACAUGAGAAACUUCUCCAGGCUGAGAGUGCUGCGCUUGGAUGCCAACAAGAUCGGUGCCAAAGACAUUCCUGCCGAAGCCGCCUACUGUUUGCGUCGUGUUGCUUUCAUUGAUGUGUAGUGCGUCCGGCUCUCUUGCGUGUGCGAUGCGUCUUAUGUCAUCCCUGGUGCCUCUGCUCCAUCUGUAGCAAACAGACCUGUUAUCAUCUGUGAUCAUCGUUUGACCAACAUGCUGACAGUCCACUCCAUCAAAACAUUUUGUCUGUUAAGAUAAUGUGUUUUUAAGAUGCUAUGAGUGCCAUUAUUAUUAUUCCAAUUGAUUAAACAGCUCCAGUGUUAGUCAACGGGAAAUACCACUGUUGUAUAAUCACGUAUCCAGAUGUUGUAUGGCUCAACGAGUGAUUUGAAGAGGCCACAUGACUUGUUGUCCUAAACUAAUUAGAUUAUCAGUUCUAGCGUUUUGGCAAAAUCAUACUCCAAUUAUAGAUAUCACUGAUGCCGAUGAUGGAAAGUUAUGCCUGUAUCAUGUCAGCCACAAUAAUACCUGUAUAAUCUGUGAUUAGAUUGGUGUUAGAUUCAGUUUGGAUCUUUGCCUCCACCGUGUGGCAUAAGGUGAUAAAACAGCAGCAAUGAGUCUCUCUGUAACGUACUUUCCAUCAUGAAUACAUGGCUUCAUGUUU